AUGGAUCGAAGAGACCAGUACAAAACUUUAGGUGUUAGCGUGGAGUCUCAGAGAAGUAAACGACGUGACCAGGAGGCAGAAAUCCGGAAAGAGAAACGCGAGAAGUUGUUGAGUGCAAAACGAGUUCGUUUCUCUGAAGUUGAAAGUGAUUGCGAAGUUGAAGACUUUACGACAGAACAAGUUCAAGAAUUAGCCAGGGUGAUACAAAAAUCAAACGAGAGCAAUCUGAAAAACCUAAAAAGUCUAAGGAAAGCGUUUGCACAAGGAAGUGAAUUAAUAAGCGUUUUUCUUGGAGUCGAAAACAGUGUGAGGGCUUUAGUCGGACACUUGACCGGGAACAACUCACAGUUACAGCAUGAAGCUGCUUGGUGCAUCACGAACUUGGCAACAGGCGCUCAUGAAGAUACUAUGAAAGUACUAAAAGCAUCCGCUGCUUAUCUUAUCACAUAUCUUAGCGGACAAAAUGUUCAACUGCAAGAUCAGUGUGCCUGGGCUUUGGGAAAUUUUUCUGGCGAUUCUCAGGAAUGUAGGGACAUUCUGCGAGCGCAGGGGAUCAUUGUACCAAUGGUUAAUCUCUUAAAGGUAUUGAAGCUGCAUUUCUUCUAUUAAUCAGUCUAACUUCGUAACCCGAAAGCAUGGUAAGACCAAUUGUUAUCAGAGCAAAAGAUUCCAAACCCAGAAUGCAGGGAUUCCUGAUAUGGGAGCUAAAGAAUGGAGGGUGACAGUCAGUGACAGCUGUCAGGAAUAAGAAUGAAUGUAUCUAGUUAGUAUUGAACGGAAAGGGCAAGAUAGAAUUCCACUUUGCUCCAGGUAGGGGCUAGACAAGGUUAGAUGUAAAAAAAUGCCCUGUACUUUUAUUUAUAACUUACAGCUUUCUCUUUCCCUGUCCCAAUUUACCUUGGUACACAUAUGAUGUCUUGUGCUUAAGAGGCAAGGUUGAAGAGAAAUGCUAUCUAGCUACUUUUAGCAAAUAAAUUUUACACUCAGACAGGAAAGAAGGUACCAGUAUUUCAGCAUUAUUGAUGUAGGAAAACCGUAAGUGUCCAAAGUUUUUAUGAUUUUCUGUACUUUGUGAAUGACUUUUUUCUCUUUUGCUGCAGUCACCAAUAUCCACUGUAGUGCAGUCAGCAGCAUUUGCUCUAUCCAACCUAGCCAGGGGAGACCAGGGUGUCGCUGAAGAACUGUUACAAGCAGGGAUAGCACCUCUGAUCAUUAGCCUCCUUACUCCAGGAAACAGCUCCACUGAUGUUGCUUCAGAAGUAGCUUGGGUAUUGUCAUACUUGACAUCCAAACCUAUCUGUGUGCCUCUAUUAGUAUCAGGAGGAGUUACCAAUAUUCUUGUAGAAUCCUUGAGUUUGCUGGCACAGCAAACUGAACUUGAUAGCCAAGCUGUGACACCAAUGUUACGAAGCUUAGGUUAGCUUCUUGUUUUUUAAAUUGUUGACAACUAAGGAAUUAUACAGUGUCGGGUCAAAGAUGAUGUAUGGGAGAUGAAACGUUAAGGGUGAAGGUCAUUUCAUGUUAGGAACUUGUUGCUAAGGUCCAGUUUGUGAAGAUUAUAUUUAGCCCUUUACACCCUGAAGUCUUUGUCAGACGACAUAGUCGAAGAUUUACAUUUCACUAUUUAUAGUACCUUGGUUUGUUGUUGUUGAUGUGUUUUGCCUUACUGUCAUUGGUGCAUUUCAAUCCUUAGAAACAAACUUGUAAUAACAGGAAAAGCCAGCUUGCUGUAAUUAGGGCCAACUUUUUUCGAAAAAAAAACUUGGAAACUGACAUAACUUCCAUAAACUUGAGUUUACAUCAAACCAGAUUUUGAUUGGAGAUUUUUGGCAUGCAGAUUUUGUCUUAAGUAAUGAAUACAGCUUAUUGAUUUUCUAAUUUUCUGUGGAUUUGCAUUAUGUCUAGGUAACAUUGUUAGUGGACCUGAUGAGUAUGGAAUCCAAGCAAUGCAGAGUGCAAAACUGGUUGGUGCAAUAAAAUUGUUUCUCCAGUCAGUACACAGGCAUAUAAAAAAGGAGAGUCUGUGGCUACUGUCCAAUUUGACUGCGGGACCAACAGAACACAUUGAUGUGUUAGUUCAAGCUGGAAUAUUACCACUUGUUAUGGAUCUGAUGUCAUCAACUUAUGAUAUUAAGAAAGAGGUUUGUCAAAAAGUCUCCUUAUGUAAGAGCUCUGGGCUCACCUUUUGUCAAAGUGAUCAUGAAGCAAUCUAAAUUCAUGAAAUGGUUCCUAGAGAUUGAAACUAUUAAGAAGGAGGACAUUUUUGUUACAUCUCUCAGUUUGCAUGUGCUCAAAGAUUGGUCAAUUUAGCAGGCCAUAUUUCACUGUGUGGCCUGCCAAAGUCAAAGGUUUCUUUGAGUGAAAUCUUUUCCCUCCAUCUAAACCAAGAAAUAGAAUAACUAUCUUACUUACCUCAUUUUCUCAGUCUGUGCUGUAAGUUUACGAACCUUGUUUUUUCUGCUCAGAUCUUUGGCUUUCAUUUUGUGCUUAACCAUAAAUCUGAGCAGAAAAAAUUUAGUUCGUAACUUUAGUACAGACCUCAAACCUUGUUUGUAAAAGGCACAUCUUUUGUAGCAAUCGUUUAUCUCACUUUGUUUAUAGGCCCCUAGACCUAAGUAACAAAAGUUAAAUUUGUUACAUGACUGCUUAAAAACAGGUCACCAAAUAAGCAUUUUUUGUCUCAAAUUUUAAGAGCCAAAUUCUUUUUACUUGCCAUAACUAAAAUGGUCAUCGCUUUGAAGGUUGUAUACCUUGAACUUUGGCCAUGUCCUCAAGUAUAGAAAUGGUUUGAUGCAUCACUGUAUCCUUAUGCAUGUUUGCUGUUCAGUAGAGAAGAGUGUAGGAUGGUCAGCUGUUAAACAGUGUAGAAAUACAGCUAGAAUUGUGUUGCUCAUGAAGAAAACAGCAAUUAUUUGUGGUACUUUAGGUUGCUAGAACUCUGAAAGAUCUCUUAAUUCAGUAAACAACAUGCAAAGUAAAGUGUUAUUUUUCUAACUUACAGUGUAUUGGCAUAGUGACUACUUGGUCUCUAAAAUGUUUGAAAAACCAGUUUGUCUUUUAAUUUUUUUUAUUUUUCAGGCUGCUAUUUGCUUGUGCAAUGUUGCACAUCAUGGUCCUGAAUACUUGAAGAGUGUUUUAGAUGUUGGAGCCAUGGAAUCAUUCAUUAACAUUAUGAAAUCUCCAGACCAAGACACUGUUAUCACUGGUCUUCAGUUUGUUGAGAUGUCUCUGAGAAAUUUUCCUGCAUCUAAAGACUUGUUUGAAGCUGGCGAGGGCAUUGCUUGUUUAGAAGCUUUGGAAUACAACUGUAAUGAAACAAUUUGUCAGUACGCAAAUGAGCUUCUUGAUACUUAUUUCAUGGAGGGAGGGCCUGAGGAGGGAGACUUUGGUGGGGAAGCAGAGAAUAGCGAAAAUGAUGUGUUGUCAUGGAGAUGCCAAGACAGUGAGAUGACAUCAUAGUGUGAUCUACACUUUUCGGAUUAGUUUUUAAUGCACAUUUCUUGGAGAAGGUUUUCACCAAAGAGAUAUUCAGACAUGAAGCCCAAAAAGAAAAAUUGGGCUCUCUAAUUAUCAAAGGUAGCAGAGGUUGAGUACAAUAAUUAUUGCAGUUCAGUUUUUGUUAACUCUUUCACAAGUUACCAAGACUAAAUUUCUUCUAACAAUAUAAAAACAAAAUCAAGCAGACAAGUGAUGAGAAUGAAGAAUACUACAAUCAAAGAGGAUUCUUAGCUGAUCCAACAUCAAUUUAUCCAAACUAAUUCCACAAGAAUUGCAUGAGAAUAAACAAAAAUGCCUGUAAACAGGCUUUAGCAUUUGCGUUUUGCUCACAGCUCCUAUUCUGAACACAGCCACCAAUUACAUCAUCAGCAGCCACUUAUGGAGAACAUUAUGGAAACCCCUUUUUUGUUUAACAUAUAUAUAUUUAUAAUGGAGAUACUGUUUCAUCUUGAGAGAAAUUACACCACUGUUUUCCUUUUCACAUUGAAGAAUAUACAGUAUUAGUAUAUACCACACAGGUGAAUAGAAUUUUUUUUGGCACACAUGAUUGGCUACUUUAGAAGUAAAUAGCAGGUACUUUUCACCUCCAAGCAGUGGAUGAGAUGAAAUCGUGCAUCAGGAGUUUACUUUCUGACCAUUUUGCGGUAUAUUGAAAGCAAGAUAAAUUUUGGUAUUUGUAUGGUAUAUACUAAAACAGUUUUUUACCUUGCUGUCAGUGAAAGUGGUUGAUAUUUAAUAACCUCACCACUUCAUGGCUCAAUAAAUAUCCAACAUGAUAUGUUGGAUAUUUGCCCUUUUGACUUUUUUCUUGACAACUGCCCACGUUCAAAAUGUUGGAUGAUACGUUGGAUGAUAUCCAUGAUAGUAAAGAUUAAUAGAUCAGAGAGGUGGAAAUGAAGUGUGUUCUUAAGUUAGUAGUCUUUUCUUAUCUUUUCUAAUUUUAAUUUUGACAUAAUUUACCUUUUUUCAACAACUAAGAAAAACUGUGCUCAAUUUUUUAACAUAGAAUGUUGCUAACAAAAUAUUCUGGCUAUGGUUACUCCUUUCAGAACCUGGUGAAUUAUUAAUUAAAAUUUCGAAAGUUAUUUUGAAUUAAUUAACAAUCUUUGUUUGGCUCACUCUUUGUAAGUGUCUUUUGUUGUUCUUUCCUCAUUCUGGAUCCAUCUUGUGUAUUUUGAUAGUCAUCAUUCUCAAGCUUUUAUUUUCAUUGACAGAUGUGUAUGGGUAAAGCCAAAUCAAUUUUCAGCAACAGAUGUUCCCUGACAACUUUACGUUUAGUGUGCAGACGGAACAAUAAAAUAUUUAAUCAGUUGUUUGCUGACAAGACCUUUUGUUCAAAAUUUGAAAUGCCAGUUUUUGAACGUGGGCAGUUGUCAAGAAAAAAGUCAAAAGGGCAAAAUUUGCUAAGCGUGGACGACUCCACGAGAAGACUUGAUAGAGAAAUUAUUAAGGGUUUGGAUUUAGGAAAAUAAAUUGUCACCAUCUUUUUCUCGAGAGAUAUCGUCAAUAAUUUUUCAGUACUUAUAUAUUCACAAGCGAAAAGUUACGUGACCAGCUGCAUUUGUUAAAAAAAAAGCCUAGAAGGAAAUUUCACACUUGUAUUUAAUUUCUGUCUCACUCUCGGAGACCAAAGAGGCAAAUAAUUGGGCGAGAUGAAGAUAAAAAUGCGUUCUAGGCAUCACGCGAAAGAACGGGU